CUUGAUAGUGUUAGCAUACUGCCGUACUCUACGAAUCUUCAAUACGUAUUGCAGAAUGUGUUGAGCUUGAGAUUUGGAAACGGCCGGUAAUGUGUACGCGGCCGCAUCAUAUGCGUUGCUCUAUACGCGAGAUUUAAGCUUUUAAUUUAUUUUUAUGAAUGCAACAUGGCCCAUCAACUCUUGUUUUCGGCCAGCAGGCUUGAAAAGUUCUUACUUAGUCGACUGGAUCAUCUUCAAUUCGCUAUUUUUCAGACUAAGAGAAAAUUGUCAACAUUAAAAAGCGUUUAUAAGUUAUCAGCAAUCGAACAAGUACAACAGAAUUGGAAACUAUUCUGUCAAAAACCACCCAAAGGCUUUGAAAAAUAUUACAAACAAGGACAGAAACCAAAAGAGAAUGAAGUGCCAUCUAAAGAAUCUAAAUCUGCAGAGAGUGGUCAAAGUGGAGGAAGUUCUAAGAGUGCAGAGACAAAUCAAAAAUCUGAUGGUCCUAGAAAAGAUUUUAACUAUGGAAAUUUCUACCCUGGCAAAAAACUUGCUGGAGGUAGUGGAGAUGGGCCUUUCAAAAAUCCCAUGGAUAAGUGGUUAACUUUUGGUGCUUUAGGAACUAUUAGCACUCUUGUUUUAUACAUGUUAAUGGAUAGUGAAAAAGAAAUUACAUGGAGAGAAUUCGUUUAUGGAUAUUUAAAUAAAGGAACUGUAGAAAAAUUAGAAGUUGUCAAUAAGAAAUGGGUACGGGUUCAUCUAUUACCUGGUGCCAGUACUGAGGGAAAUUUAUGGUUUAACAUUGGAAGUUCAGAUACAUUUGAAAGAAAUUUGGAAAAUGCUCAACUUGAACUUAAUAUUGAACCUCAAAAUCAUUUACCAGUUGUUUAUAAAAAUGAAGUUGAGGCUGGUCAUUUGGUAUCUUAUUUGCCUACUAUACUCACUAUUGGACUUAUUUUAUAUUUUACACGUCAAACUGCAAGUAUGUUUGGAGGUAAAGGUGGUAGAGGUAGAGGUCUUUUUGGAAAUGUUACAGCUUCUACUGCCAAAUUAAUUAAUCCUACAGAAAUUGGAGUUCGCUUCAAAGAUGUUGCUGGAUGCGAAGAAGCUAAAAUUGAAAUCAUGGAAUUCGUAAAUUUUCUUAAAAAUCCACAGCAAUAUAUCAAUCUUGGAGCUAAAAUACCAAAAGGAGCAAUAUUGACUGGUCCCCCUGGAACAGGUAAAACUUUGUUAGCGAAAGCUACAGCAGGUGAAGCAGAUGUACCUUUUCUGACUGUGUCUGGGUCAGAAUUUUUGGAAAUGUUUGUUGGUGUUGGACCAUCUCGAGUUAGAGAUAUGUUUGCGCAGGCUAGGAAAAAUGCACCUUGCAUUUUGUUCAUUGAUGAGAUUGAUGCUGUUGGCCGAAAGAGAGGUGGCAAGAGUUUUGGUUCACAUUCGGAACAAGAAAACACUUUGAAUCAACUUUUAGUAGAGAUGGAUGGUUUCAACACUACAACCAAUGUAGUUGUACUAGCUGCUACUAAUAGAAUUGAUAUUUUAGACAAAGCUCUCCUCCGACCAGGGAGAUUUGACAGACAAAUCUUUGUACCAGCCCCAGAUAUCAAGGGUAGAGCAUCUAUUUUUAAGGUUCAUUUGCAACCUCUAAAAACGAUCUUAGAUAAAAUAGAAUUAGCUAGAAAAAUGGCUGCCUUAACACCAGGCUUUACUGGGGCUGAUAUUGCAAACGUAUGCAAUGAAGCAGCUUUAAUAGCAGCUCGAGAUAAGAAAGACAAUAUUGACUUAAAAAAUUUCGAGCAAGCUAUUGAAAGAGUUGUUGCCGGGAUGGAAAAAAAAACGAAUGUGCUUCAACCAGAAGAAAAAAAGACAGUAGCUUAUCAUGAAGCGGGUCAUGCAGUUGCAGGUUGGUUUUUGCAACAUGCAGAUCCUCUGUUAAAAGUAUCUAUCAUUCCUCGUGGAAAAGGUUUAGGAUAUGCCCAGUACUUACCACGUGAACAGUAUCUUUAUACAAAAGAACAAUUAUUUGAUCGAAUGUGUAUGACACUUGGUGGAAGAGUUUCUGAAGAAAUAUUUUUUGAAAGGAUAACAACUGGUGCACAAGAUGACUUACAAAAGGUGACUCAAAGUGCCUAUGCACAAGUUGUUCAUUAUGGUAUGAAUGACAAAGUUGGCAAUGUUAGUUUUGAGAUGCCACAACCUGGUGACAUGGUUCUUGAUAAACCAUAUUCCGAAAGUACUGCUCAGCUUAUUGAUCAAGAAGUCAGAAAAAUGAUUGAACAAGCCCAUAAACAUACAACAGAACUUCUAACUAAACACAAAGAAGAUGUAAAUAAAGUUGCUGAACGAUUACUAAAACAAGAAAUUUUGAGUCGUGAUGAUAUGAUCGAGCUCCUCGGAGCUAGACCAUUCCCCGAAAAAUCAACAUAUGAAGAGUUUGUUGAAGGGACAGGUUCCUUUGAAGAAGAUACUAGCUUGCCUGAGGGUUUAAAAAAUUGGAAUGAGUCUAAAGAAUCAACGACGAAAACAGAUAGUAAUUCAGUACCACCACCUAAAAAUGAACAGCGUCUGUAAUUAAGUUUUUGUUUUUUCUGCACUAAUUCUAUUUGUAUUAGCGAUUGUAAUAUAAAUUUGAAAAAUAUAAUUUAUAAUAUAAGGUAGAAAAAAUUUGCUUGUCAAGUUAUAUUAUUAAAAUAGUGAGGACAGAUCAUAUACUUACACUGUUAUUUUGAAAUGUACAAUAACAACGCUGUUGAUUACAAGUUUUUUUUAUUUAGAAAAUCUUUCAUAAUUGAUUAAAUAAUGCAAGAAAAAGAAUGCAAGUCAACCAUGAAAGAUUGAGUUUUAAAAAAUGUAUCUUUCAUGAACUAUAAGGUAUGAAGACAUUAUUUGCAAAAAGUUUCAAAAUUGCAAAAUUUUAAUUAAAAAUUGGUCUUUUGACAAAUUUGUCUAAAAUUAUAAUGUUUUAAAGCACACCAAAUAAAUGCACAUUAUUCAUAAAAAUUUAA